UUCAGUUUGGGACUCAGGAUGUCUGGAAAUCUGUGAUCCGUCAAGGCCGAGAUGAGUCUGACGUCCUGGUUCCUGGUGAGCGGCGGGGGGACGCGCCAUCGCCUCCCCAGAGAGAUGAUCUUCGUGGGCCGAGAUGACUGCGAGCUCAUGCUGCAGUCCCGCAGUGUGGACAAACAGCACGCCGUCAUCAACUAUGAAGCCGACACGGACGAACAUAAAGUCAAGGACCUGGGCAGCCUGAACGGAACAUUUGUGAACGACAUCAGAAUACAGGAGCAGAUUUAUGUCACACUGAAAUCUGAAGAUAAACUCAGGUUUGGAUAUGAUACCAACCUGUUCACGGUGGUCCAAGCAGAGCUCCACAUUCCUGAAGAAGCUCUGAAGCAUGAGAAGUUAAGCAGCCAGCUCCGCCUGGGCCAGAAGAAGCCUGUAGAGGCGGCGCCAUCCCGACUGGAGGUGAAAACCUCUGAGGCUGCAGUGGUGGCUGAAGGGGGCGGAGCCAGACCCCCCGACAUCAGCAGGACAGACGAUAAGCUGACAGGGGACGUAGCGGUCCUGCACAGAGGGACGCCGCUGUACGGCCAACCCGCUUGGUGGGGAGACGGGGACAGCGAGGACCUGCACGCCGGAAGGAACGCUGACCGAAAGUGGGAAAAAACGGAAACAGAGAGCAAAGACAAGAAAAGUGCAGAGGUUCCAAAAUCUGCCAUGCAGCCAGCGUCCAAUCACGAGCCGAGCUACUUUGAGAUUCCAAACAAAGGAGGGAAAGUGGGCGGAGACACUGCCCCACGAGAACCAGAAGCUGGCACUGAGCCCGUGCACGGCCACGCCUCCUUCACCAUUGAGUUUAACCACGGCGCAUCAGGUAAAGUGACGGUCAAAGACCGAGUGACGAAGGCAGCUCCAGAGACCAGGCCACAUCCUAGAAAAGGUGUUGGAGACGAGCUGAGUCCACUUCAAACUGCCAUGAUAGCAGCAGAGGUCAAAGUUGCUGAUUGGCUGGCGCAGAAUGAGCUGCCUCUGGCUCUGAAAGAGAUGGCUGCAGAGGAGGACGGAGAAAGCGCGAAGAGCGACGUGCCCGUCCACCUGCGGAGUCUUAAAGGCAGUAAACAUGAAGACGGCACUCAGAGCGACUCUGAGAAUGUGGUCGGAGAACAGCGCCGGGUCGCAGCGCUGGAGGAACGCUCGUGGGGUUUGUGGGGCAGUGCAGGGAUGAAGAUCAGAGAAGGCCGCGCCAACGUGCCAGAGGGGCUCUUUGCCGAGGAGGACAGUCCUGCACGCCACCGCAAGACCUCUAAAGCAGGAAGCGUUUUUAGAGAUAGGCGAUGUGGAUCAGCGCCACAUCAGCACAGCGCACGUGAGGACUGCUGUCACCGUGGUGAUGACUACAGUGACAGAGGGACCUACACCAUCGAGUUAGAGAACGGAGAUCACAAAGAGGAGGAGGCAAGGAAAAUGAUUGACAAGGUGUUUGGUGUGGACGAGCAGGAGUCCGUGUGUAUAUCCAGGUUGGAGCGUUCUGAGCAACAAGCGAGGCUCACCUCCCGGAGGUCCGGUCCUGGAGACAGAGGGAAGUCCGGACGCUUGGACACAGAGGUCCUGACCGAGGAGCUGGUGGUGGGCGGUCCUCGCUGGGUGUCGCAGUGGGCCACUCUCGCCGCCAGUCACAUCCGAACCGACCCUGAGGGGUCGGGGGGCGACAACCACGUCUUUGUCACAGAGAACAGAGCUGAAAUAAGUGAGUCCAGCCACUCAGCCUCCUUUGCCUCCUCCAGCUGCACAGAGCGUAAGAGGAGAACCCUACCCCAGGUAGCUGGUGAGGAGCUCGUCCUGGGAAGGAGGACUACAGCCUCAGGCUUGCGGUCUGAUUUGGGGGAGAAACAAGACACAGAGCUGCAAGAGAAAGAGAGCGUGGAAGAGAAGGUAUCCCGGGUGAAGCACCGCUCAGGCCACGGCAGUGGACAUGUGGGAAGUCAGGGCGGCAGCUCCAAUCGUUCCUCACCAGCCAGGUCGCAGGACAGCGGCGGUGGGAGAACCAGCCAUACAGGGGUGAUUAAUAAACUUCCCCCUCGUCCGUUGACCAGUGGGGAGAAGAGGGUGGAGGACGCUGACAGGAGAAAGAAGGAUGAGGAGAAGGCCAGAGAAAACAAUGGGAAACCAUUGUUGAGGCAGGAGAGUUUUACUGUGGAGAAACCCAGUUCCAGUGUUUCUCUUGAGCUCAUACCGCGAAUCGACGCGCUCACAGGUAGCAAAGCUCAGGUGAAGGAGGCUGGCAUCGACAGUGCUACAUUGCAGAAAGACUCCGAGGCUGUGGCAGCAUUUUUAGAGUCAACCAUAUCAGACCAAGGUGAUCCACCAAGUCAGUCUCUUGAAGGUUCCAUGUCACCAGAGUCAGACGUGGACACAACCAGCACAGUAAGCCAGGCUGAUGGAGCAAGGAAGGUUGUCCACAAACGACGGACCCUUGUAGGACAGCAGAAAGAGAGGACAGUUGUGUGUUCUUCCAGCAAAGUUUCCCUGGGGGGCCAAGAGUCACAGGAUAGGGGGAACAAGACCAGAGCAUCUGUUCCUCAGCAGUCCAGCCGUCCCUGGACCUCUCUUGAUCUCACUGAUGAUGACAUCAACUCCAGUUCUCUCUGUUCUGACUCUCAACCCACCUCCACACAGAAAUCCAAAGGCCCACAUGCCAGAGCCCAAACAGGCAGCACAACAGCAGGUGGCACCACUAAGUCCAGUAGGGCAAAGGUCACCCAGCCCUCAGGUGCUUCGGCAGCUGGCAGUUCCAGUAAAGCCAGCAGUGUCCCUAAGCCCCGGCCCACCAGGGCAUCACUGCUGAGGCGGGCCCGGCUGGGGGACUCAUCAGACAUGGAACCUGCUGAUCUGGAUCAGAUGUCAGUAGCCUCUGAGGCCUCCACUGCUAGUUCCACAUCAAAGACAGGUAUUGCUUUGAGGGGAAUGUCUAGAAUUGAGGCUCUGGCACAGCCGAGGAGGCCGAGGGUGGGCUCCCCUUCAGCCCAGAGUGACUCAGAGGCCACUGUGACAAGGAGUCGAGGUCUGGGACCCCGGAGUGCGGCAGCUGAUUACGCGGUCAGACAAGGACUGAGAGGGUCCAGUGUGACCUCAGUGUCUGGACCCAGAGCUAGAGCGAACAGUGCCUCCAAGCUGCCUGACAAGAAUAAAGGGACGUCCUCUCAUGGACACAUCACAGCUGCACCUGGCACUCGGUGGCGCCGUGUGCCAGAGUACGCCUCCACAUCAGAGGAUGAGUACGGCUCAAACCGUCACACGUCUAAGGAGGCCCACGCAAGGCCAUUUCCUUCGACUCGGGUAGCCCAGCUCGGAGGUUCUGGCCCAUCCACUCCCAACCCUGCAGGCCUGACUGCCCUGAGACCACAGUCCAGAGAACAGGAUGAGUACAUGAGGGACUGGACAGCGCACAGUGAGGAAAUUGCCAGGAUUAGCCAGGACCUCGCAAAAGACCUCGCCAUGCUCGCCAGAGAGAUUCACGACGUAGCAGGAGAAAUCGACUCUGUGAGUCCAGCAGCCACGGACCCAGGACCUCUGCUGGAGGAACGUUGUUUUGAUGAAGGUUUGGAGCUGAUGGGAACCACCAGCCGGUCUGUGGAACUUCGGCCUCGUGGAUCAAACGGGCAGGAGUCCCAGUCCAUCCGCCGGCAGACAUGGAACAGAGAUGAUGUCAUCUUCGACAGUUUCCUGCUGGAAUCUGUGACUCAACUCUCAGCGCGGAUCCGUCAGUCUGUGGAUAAAACCACCAACAAAAUCAGGAUUCUUUUCAAAGAUAAAGAGAGAAAAUGGAAUGAAAUUGAGAACAAACUGCAGGCAGAACAUGAUGCCUUACUGCUCAACAGCUCCAACAAGGAGAUUUGCAGUAUUGUCCAGGACCUGAAGAGGGUGGAGAGACAGCUUCUCGUCAUCGAUGUGAUGGUGGACCCAGACGGUACCCUGGAUGCCCUGUCCAACUUGAACCUGACCAGUCCUCUUGGGACCAACCAGAAGCUCUGUCCUGGCACGGAGCAGGUGGCAGCAAUGGUGGUUUCUGGAACGGAGGCUUCUGCAGCCUCUAGACCUGAAAGAACCACCAGUGAACCUCGUGGACCCUCUGACCAUGGAGACGGGGCAGAGCAGGAACCAGAACCUUGA